ACAGAGAUACGAUUCAGUGACUCAGUGAUUCAGUGAUUCAGUCAGUCAGAAAGAGACACGAUGCUACCUGCGACUUUUAAACUGUGUGCCGGCAUUUCCUACAGACACACCAGGAACAUGACCGGUUUGAGGAAAAACGCCAUGAUGGCCAUCCACCACGAGCUGAGCAAACUGUCCGGCCCCGGACCAAGCAUGUGGGUCAGAAACAUCCGCCGCAAGAGCUCGCUGCUCUGCAGCAGGAUCGAGGAAGAGACUAUGAGUGAAUCGGAGCAGGUUUACGUGCGACAGGGUCAGGAGGCAUUACAGAAGUCCAUCAGCAUCCUCAGCAACCCAGAUGGCUGGCAAACUGAGAUCGAGAUGUCGACGGGAGAUAAAGUGCUCAGUAAAGUUCUUCCAGACGUCGGCAAGGUCUUCAGGCUGGAGGUGGUUCUGGACCAGCAGCCCGACGAGCUGUAUGAGGAGCUGGUGGAGAACAUGGAGCGCAUGGGCGAGUGGAACCCCAACGUCAAACAAGUCAAGAUCCUACAGAAGGUCAAUCAGGACACCCUGGUGACCCACGAGGUUUCGGGGGAGACCCCGGGGAACGUGGUGGGUCCGAGGGAUUUCGUUAGCGUGCGCUGUACCAAACGCAGGGGCUCCACAUGCUUCCUGGCCGGGAUGUCGACCCAACAUCCCAGCAUGCCUGAGCAGAAGGGCUUCGUCCGAGCUGAGAACGGACCGACAUGCAUUGUGAUGAGGCCCAGCGCAGAUGAUCCCAACAAGACAAAGUUCACCUGGUUACUCAGUUUAGACCUGAAGGGCUGGAUUCCCAAAGCAGUGAUAAACCGAGUUCUCUCUCAGACCCAGGUGGAUUUUGCUAACCAUCUCCGAGACAGAAUGGCUAACAACAGGGGCAUGGAGGUGUCGAUGGCCUGCUGACAUCAUACAUAAACACGCACACACACACCCGGCCAACUCUAAUUAGGGAUAAAACUCCACCCACUCAUAACAUCACGGCUUCUGACAUCACAAGUCUAGCGUAAGAGAUGAUGGAGCCGGAGCGUGUACAGUAACUACUCAAUCUGCAUAUCUGAGUUAAUAGUUCAUGCAUAAUGCUCACAUACAGCACCAGAUGUUACAGUUAAUCCAAACCCUGUUGUCCUCAGCUGCUAAUAAACUGGAAGUCAGACA